UCAAACAUACUUUUCAAAUCUUCCCUCCAUUAGUGUCUGCAUGGAUGGAUACACAUAACAUACAUACAUAUAUACAUAUAUAGAUGGACAUGGUGCAUCUAGAUGACUUCCAUGUGUAAGCACAAGAUCUUCGGCACCGCCAGAAGCAGUCGUUGAUGGACUCCAUAUUUCUACUCGAAGAGGGCGACCGCGCUGCCCUCCUCGAGCAAAUUAUGCAAGCUCUGGGAUGUGUUUACAUCUGCCUUAGGGCUUAUUUUUCUCCACCUUACAAUUGUUUGAAAGGGUUGGAUGGAAUCUACCAUGAAGGAAGAAACCAGCAAACCACAUCUCAUGGAAGCUUUGUUAGGCGCCUUUUCGAUGUAUAUCGGGAAGCAUCCACCUAUGUCGAUGCCGGGCUAAUACCGGGGAUUGCUUUUGCGAGCAAUAAUCCAUUCAUGAAGUUGGAAUUGCAUGAAUUUCAAAGCCUAAUUUCGAGUGAUUUCCAGCUUCAAUUUUACCAAGAGGCAGGAAUUAAGACGGUUGUGCUCAUGGGCUGCGCCACCGGAGAACUCGAGCUCGGAAUGUUGGAUAAUCACAAUCAGGUAGACAUAGAAGCGGAGAUGAAGAACAUACUCCAAACACAUUUCCCGAACCAACCACCUUCGUCUUCGUCUUCGUCUCUUCUCUCGGUCUCAGUCGACAACAGCCCGGAGUACCCGCCACUACUCUUCAACAUCCCCAUCCCCACCACCACCACCGCCCCGCCCCCGCCUUUCCUUCCUCAAGAAACCCUCAUCAGAGAGCCACCAACCACCACCACCACCGCCACCGAUGCCACCCACGACCAAACCAGACAGAUGCUCAACCAGUUCCGACACGCCCAUUUCCCCUCCAUCGAGUGCGAAGACGCCGCCAUGACCAACGCCAUUCUAGCCGUUCUCUCUUCUCCCUCCACCUCCACCUCCUCCCACCGCCCUCCCACAACGCCAAACAUCUCCACCGCAUUCAGAGCCUACCAGCCGAACUCGCCGGCGCGGCGGCGGAGCGCCGCGCCGGCGCCGAGCAGGUUCAAAAGAGCCAUGAUGUUCUUCAAUAACCUAAACCACCACAGAAUCCGGCAUGAUCAGUCCCUCCCCACCGCCACGCAACUGCACCACAUGAUCUCCGAGAGGAAGCGCCGCGAGAAGCUCAACGAGAGCUUCCAGAUCCUCAGAUCCUUCCUCCCUCCCGGAACCAAGAAGGACAAGGCGUCGGUGCUGAGCAGCACGGUCGAGUAUAUGAGCUCGUUGAAAUCCCGGGUGGCGGAGCUGGCGGAGCAGAAUCAGAUUCUUGAAUCGCGGAUUGGUUCGGUGAAGAAAUCGGAAAGUGGAGGGGAUGAAAUUGGAAAUGGAGAAAGGGUUAGUGUGGAGAUCUCUCCGUCUUCAUCUUCUUCUUCUUCGACGUCGGAAGCAAGAUUCUUGGACUUGAGAGUGAGGGUGAGAGGAGAAUCUAACUUGCUAGAUUUGGUAUCUAGGGUGAUUGAGUUCUUGAGAGGGCAAAGUGGUGUGAGUUUGACCUCGGUGGAAUCGAAUACGAGGAUGUUGGAUUCUGUUUCAGUUCAUGUUGUCAUCAUCAGACUCAAAAUUCAGGGAGAUGAAUUUGACGAGUCUGGUUUCCGAGAAGGUGUGAAAAGAGCGGUUGAUGACCAACCGAAUUGACAGUUUACAAUUUAGACCAUUCAUCUUUCAUUGCAUCAUCACCUUGUUAAAAUUCAUGGACCACUUUGUGUCACCAUUUAAUUUUCUCCUCCUACCAAUUUUGAUCUAAUUAAAAUCAUUGCUUUUCCAA